CGCAACCUAAUUAGUUGAAUUCAAGUCGAUAAUAAUGCUCAAAUCAAUUGCAAUUUUUGCCAUCGUCCUGGCGUUGGCCAGCGCUGAACUGCAUCGCAUGCCGAUCUACAAGCAUGAGAAUUUCGUGAAGACACGCGGCAAUGUCAAGGCCGAGGUGGAGCAUCUGCGUGCCAAGUAUGGAUUGCCCCUGGCCCGUGAUGUCAACGAGGAGGAGCUCUCCAACUACAUCAACAUGGCCUACUAUGGUGCCAUCACCAUUGGCACACCUCCGCAGAGCUUUAAAGUGCUGUUCGACUCGGGUUCAUCGAAUCUGUGGGUGCCAUCGAGCAAAUGCUGGUUCUUUGACAUCGCCUGUAUGAAUCACAAUCAAUACGAUCACGACAAAUCAUCGACCUAUGUGUCCAACGGCGAAAGCUUCUCCAUUCAAUACGGUUCGGGAAGUUUGUCCGGUUUCCUCUCCACCGACACCGUCGAUGUCAAUGGACUGGUGAUCACGAGCCAAACAUUCGCCGAGGCCACUUCGGAGCCUGGCACCAGCUUCAAUAAUGCCAAAUUCGAUGGUAUUCUCGGCAUGGCUUAUCAAUCGUUGGCCGUGGACAAUGUUGUGCCUCCCUUCUACAACAUGGUCUCGCAAAAGUUGGUCGAUGAUUCGGUCUUCUCAUUCUAUUUGGCACGCGACGGCACCUCCACCACUCAGGGCGGUGAAUUGAUCUUUGGCGGCUCUGAUGCAUCGCUGUACACCGGUGAUUUGACUUAUGUUCCCAUCUCGGAGCAGGGAUACUGGCAAUUCACCAUGGAUGGGGCCACCAUCGAUGGCCAGACCUUGUGCUCUGAUUGCCAAGCUAUUGCCGAUACCGGCACCUCGUUGAUUGUCGUCACCGAAGAUGCCUACGAGAUCUUGAACAAUUUGCUCAACGUGGACGAUGAAGGUCUUGUUGAUUGUUCCACCAUUGAUUCCAUGCCCGUCCUGAGCCUGAAGAUUGGCGGCACCACCUUCGACCUGGAGCCAGCUGCCUACAUCAUUCAGUCGGAUGGCGAGUGCCAGUCGGCUUUCGAGUAUAUGGGCACCGAUUUCUGGAUCUUGGGCGAUGUCUUCAUUGGCAAGUACUACACCGAGUUCGAUUUGGGCAACAAUCGCAUUGGAUUUGCUCCAGUGGCUUAAGUAUUGCAAUAAAUGGAAAUGUGAUUAUAGUAAAA